AUGUCUGCUGCUUUAGAAGAUAUCAAGCUUGAAGAUAUUCCUGUCGAUGAUAUUGACUUCUCCGACUUGGAGAAACAAUAUUCUGUCAAUGACACUGUCUCAUUUGAUCAAUACAUCGUUGUUUGCGGUGCUCCAGUUAUCCCAGAGGGUAAGGUUGCUGUCUUGAAGAAGGCUUUGACUGGUUUGUUCUCCAAGGCUGGUAAAGUUGUUGAUAUCGAGUUCCCAAUUGAAGACGGUAAGACUAAAGGUUUCUUAUUUGUGGAAUGUGCCUCUCCAGCUGAUGGUAAUAAGAUUAUCAAAGCUUUCCACACCAAGAGAUUGGAUUUGAAACAUCGUUUGUUUAUCUACACCAUGAGGGAUGUCGAAAAAUACAAUGACAAAAACUUCCCAACUGAAUUUGUUGAACCUGAAAUUCCAGACUUUUUCCCAACUAGUACUUUGAAAUCUUGGUUAUCAGAUGAAGAUGGUAGAGAUCAAUUUGUUUUACAAGCCAACGAAAUGACUACUGUCCUAUGGAAUUCUGCUAUUGAAGAUGAAGAAUCUGUUGUUGAAUCUAGAAAGAAUUGGUCUACAAACUAUAUUAGAUUCUCUCCAAAGGGUACUUACUUGUUUUCAUACCAUCCACAAGGUGUUGUCAUGUGGGGUGGUCCUCACUUUGACCGUUUGAGAAGAUUCUACCAUCCAAAUGUUAGAACUUCCUCUGUUUCUCCUUCUGAAAAAUUCUUAGUUACUUACUCUCCAGAUCCAAUUGUUGUCGACGAAGAAGAUGCAGACUGUCCAUUUACCAAGAAGAAUGAAGGCCAUCAAUUGUGUAUCUGGGAUAUCGAUUCUGGUUUAUUACAAUCUACCUUCCCAGUUGUCAAGAGUUCUUACUUGCAAUGGCCAUUGGUUAGAUGGUCUUACAAUGAUCAAUACUGUGCUCGUAUGGUUGGUGAAACUUUGGUUGUCCACGAUGUUAAGAAGGGUUUUGCCGUUAUGGACAACAAGACCUUGAAGGUUCCAGGUAUUAGAGAUUUCUCUUUUGCUCCAACCGGUGUUAAGAUCGCACCAUUCAGAGCUAAUGAUAAAGAAUCAGUAAUUUUGGCUUACUGGACUCCUGAAACUAACAAUAUGUCUUGUAAGGCUACUAUUGUCGAUGUUGAACGUUCUAGAGUUUUAAAGACUGUUAAUUUGGUUCAAGUUUCUAAUGUCACACUACAUUGGCAAUCAGACUCUGAAUUCUUAUGUUUCAAUGUUGAACGUCACACUAAAUCUAAGAAAACUCAAUUCAGUAACUUGGAAAUCUGUAAAUUGACUGAAAAGGAUAUUCCAGGUGACAAGAUUGAAUUGAAGGAUUGUGUCGUCGAUUUCGCUUGGGAACCACAUGGAAACAGAUUUGGUGUCAUUGCUGUUCGUGAAACUGGUGAUGAUAACAUUGCUAUUCCAAAGAAUGUUGCCACUUUCUUUGCUCCAGAAAAGAGAGAUGUCAAAGAUAAAUCUACUGGUGUUAAGAAAUGGUUAGAAGUUGCUUCUAUCACGGAUAAAUUUUCUAACACCAUUUCCUGGUCUCCAGCUGGUAGAUAUGUUGUUGUUGCAACUUUAGUUAAACCAAAUGUUCGUAGAUCAGACUUCGUUUUCUACGACAUGGAUUUCGCAACUGACAAGAAUAUGAAUGUUACUAAGGAUGUUCACGCCAGUUUGAAAGAAGUUGCCACUAACAGCUUCCCAUCUGCCACCGAUAUGGCAUGGGAUCCAUCUGGUAGAUUCUUAGCUGUUUGGUCCAGUUCCUUGAAGCACAAGAUGGAAAAUGGUUACAAGGUCUUUAACGUUGCUGGUACCAUUGUUAAGGAAGAACCAUUGAACAGUUUCAAGAACUUCGCAUGGAGACCAAGACCAGCUUCUUUGUUGACCAAUGCUGAAAAGAAGAAGAUCAGAAAGAACUUGAAGGAAUGGACCGCACAAUUUGCUGAACAAGAUGCUAUGGAAGCUGAUGCUGCUACCAGAGAUAUGAUCUUGAGACAACGUGAAAUGUUGAAAGACUGGACCGAAUAUAGAGCUGAAAUUGGCGCUAGAUUCGAGGAAGAGUUUGGUUACAAAACAUUUAACAUGAUUCCAUUGAGCAAUUCUGAAGAUGAUUUUACUAGUGUUGAAGAAGUUAAAGAAGAAGUCUUGGAAGAAUCUGAAGAAAAAGUUGUCGAAUAA